AUGGCCGAGCAAAUUGUCCUAGUCACCGGCGCCAACAAGGGCAUCGGCUUCGAAAUUGUGCGACAAAUAGCAUCAAAAGGCGGAUAUCGUGUCCUCCUCGGCGCAAGAGACGCUGAGCGUGGCCGACAGGCAGCUUCAAAGCUCGAAGCUGAGGGUCUACCGGUUGCCUUUUUGCAACUUGACGUAGAUUCUGACGCGUCUAUUGCUGCUGCUGUCAAGUCCAUCUCAGUGCAGUUUGGGAGACUCGAUGUCCUGGUCAAUAACGCGGGCAUCUCCCUUGAUACUCUCGACCCUUCGCAGCCCAUCAUGCCAUCCCGCGACACCUUUGACAAGACAUUUGCGACCAAUACGACUGGUGCUGCAAUGUUAACCGAAGCGCUCGUCCCCUUACUCUCCAAUGCCUUGACCGGAAAGCCUAAUGUUGUUUUUGUGUCCUCUGACACGGGCUCGCUUGGCCUGCUCGCCGAUCCGGAGGGCAGAUGGAAGGGCAUGCCGCUCUACUUCGUUUCCUACCGAUGCAGCAAGGCCGCUUUGAAUAUGCUUGCGGUUGUGUAUGCGGCACGGUUCAAAGAGAAGGGGUGGAGAGUCAACAUCGAUAAUCCUGGGUAUACGGCUACCGAGAUCAAUGGGAACACAGGGGGUCAGUCUGUACAAGAGGGGGCGAAAAAUGCCGUUCGGUUGGCCACACUCGGGGUACAAGAGGAUCUAUGUGGGACUUACUCCGAGAUUAAGGGCGCUUUACCAUGGUAA